CGUGUGUUUACAUUCGAUUCAUUCAUCAGUUCAAUCCGUUCAGUCAGCUGUUUUACGCGAAUUUUGGAGUCUCAUUCAAGAUUUAUUAUCCUUUUAUCAUCAAAAACCAUUCCCAAAAUACGGUAUGCUGGAAAAAGUGAAACACAUAAUUCUGGUCCUGUCCGGAAAGGGAGGAGUGGGCAAAUCUACCGUCAGCACACAACUGGCACUUACCCUAUCGGAGUCGAAAUUCAAGGUCGGUCUUCUGGAUAUCGAUUUGUGCGGUCCAAGCGUUCCGUACUUACUCGGCCUGGAGGAACACGAUGUGCACCAGUGUGAGGAAGGAUGGGUUCCGGUGUAUACGAGCGCCGAAAAGAACUUGGCAGUUAUGUCCAUAGGAUUUCUGCUGAAGAAUCGAACGGAUGCGGUUAUCUGGCGUGGACCGAAGAAAACGGCAAUGAUUAAGCAAUUUUUGGAGGACGUCGCCUGGGAGGAUUUGGACUAUUUGAUAAUCGACACCCCACCGGGAACGUCGGAUGAGCAUAUUACUGUGAUGGAGUGUUUGAAGGCGGUCAACGCCGACGGUGCGAUCAUUGUGACGACCCCACAGGAGAUGGCCUUGGAAGAUGUGCGUAAGGAGGUUACCUUUUGCAAGAAAACGGGAAUCAACAUCAUUGGCAUCGUGGAGAAUAUGAGUGGGUUUGUGUGCCCCAAUUGUUCGGAAUGUACGAAUAUUUUUUCCUCGGGAGGUGGAGUGGCGUUGGCAGAGCUGGCCAAGGUACCGCACUUGGGCACGUUGCCAAUCGAUCCGAGAGUGGGGGCAUUGGCCGGUUCGGGAAAAGCUUGUGUAAAGGAACUGCCUGACUGUACAACAUCUAAAGUGCUACAGAGCAUUGCUGAUACCAUUAGCGCGGAAAAGUCGUAACAAUAAAGGGUAAGAUGUUUGUUAAAUAUAA